CUGCUCAGCCUCGGCCCACUACAUGCUACCCUCAUGCACACAGCCAUGUGGCUGGCCAUGCUGCUUGCCCUCUGCUGCCUAACAUCUGACGCCCAUGGGGCAUACACCUCAGAUUUGUGUUCCAAAGAUUUGAACUCCGGUGUGAAGCCAGGAUUCCCCAAAACAAUAAAGACCAAUAACCCAGGAGUGCUUAAGGCCGCCAGGCACAGUGUGGAAAAGUUCAACAACUGCACAAAUGACAUAUUUUUGUUCAAGGAGUCCCAUGUCAGCAAAGCCCUGGUACAGGUGGUAAAAGGCCUGAAAUACAUGCUGCAGGUGGAAAUCGGCCGAACUACAUGCAGGAAGACCAUGCACCGCCAACUGGACAACUGUGACUUCCAAACCAGCCCUGCCUUGAAGCGGACAUUACACUGCUACUCUGAAGUCUGGGUGAUCCCCUGGCUGCACAGUUUCGAGGUGCCUGUUCUCCGCUGCCACUGACUUCUGUCUCUUCAGCAAGACCACAGCUACGAUAAAGACACUCGUGUGUCCCCCGCUCCUCACUUUCCACCCCAGCCUGGCCAUCUCAGAUCCUCAAGGCCUGCUUACCAGUGAGCCGACAGACACGCCAGUGGGUCCUAGGGGGGCUGGGGUGGGAGAAGAGUGCCCUCCCUGCCAGAUUAACCGUAUUCACAUUUUCUUCUGAAAUUAAUUCUUCCAGUGCUAUACACCUAGAUUCAGGAUGUGGGCAUACAGAGAAUCCUUUGAUGACAUUACCGGAGCAUGGGUAGAACAAGGUGGUAGUGUGAGAGGCUUCUUGAUACCUGACUGCAUGAGCGGCUUCUGUAUCCAGCUCAUCUACCACCGUCAGAUUAUUACUGAUGGGGAUGGUUUACCAUAAAUA